AUGAAUUUUUGUGAUAACAAUGAAAUGAAUGAAACAAAAAAUUUUAUGAUGAGCAAUAAAAACGACGAUAUUGUUGUAGAUUGUGAUGAAUAUAUUGAUGGAAAUGUAUUUGAGAAAAACACAAACAUGGGAAAUAUAUAUGAUGAAAAUUAUAAUGUCGAUAUGAAAAAUGAUAAUUUGUUGAGCAAACUAAAUGAUAAUAUUUCAUUUACAUAUACCACCAAUGGACAAGUUGAAAAGCAAGAAAAUGAAAUCAAAGAAAAACAAAAUAUACUACAUUAUCAAAUAUAUAUUGAUAAUGAUGAGGAUAAAUAUAAAUAUUGUUCUAAUUCUAAUUUACAUAAAAAUGAAGAGGAACAUGAGAAAGGAUCCCCAAAUAAUAUUUAUGAAGAAUUAGAUAAUAAUUUAGAAAAAAAAUAUUUUUAUUAUAAUUCGGAUAGUAAACAUUGUAUAGAUGAAAAAAAUGAAACGAAUGAUUUGGAAAAUGAAAAUGUAGUAACUUCAAUGGAUGUAAGUUACGAAAAUGUUCUUAAUGAUAAUUUUAUAAAAUCGAGAAGUACGUCUAUUAAUUAUACAGAUAAUUCAUUUGUUUUAAACAAAGAGAAUUUGAAAAGUUCACAUCAUAUAAAUGGUUAUUAUAUAAAUGAUCACGAUAAUAUAAAGAGUGAUAUUAUAAAUGAUCACGAUAAUAUAAAGAGUGAUAUUAUAAAUGAUUAUGAUAAUAUCAAGGGUGAUAAAAUAAAUGAAUAUGACAAUAUAAAGAGUGAUAAAAUAAAUGAUUAUGAUAAUAUAAAGAGUGAUAUUAUAAAUGAUUAUGACAAUAUAAAGAGUGAUAAAAUAAAUGAUUAUGACAAUAUUAAGAGUGAUAAAAUAAAUGAUUAUGACAAUAUAAAGAGUGAUAAAAUAAAUGAUUAUGACAAUAUUAAGAGUGAUAAAAUAAAUGAUUACGACAAUAUAAAGAGUGAUAAAAUAAAUCAUUAUGACAAUAUAAAGAGUGAUAAAAUAAAUGAUUAUGACAAUAUAAAGAGUGAUAAAAUAAAUGAUUAUGACAAUAUCAAGAGUGAUAAAAUAAAUGAUUAUGAUAAUAUUAAAUAUAAUGAUGACAGCCAAAUUAAUAACAAUGUAAGUAAUAAAGUUAAUUCCCCAGAUGAUGAUCCUAAUACAUAUGAAAAAGAUAAAAAGGAUAUUAUUAAUUGUAACAUUUAUGAAGAGAAUAAAAAUAAUAUGAAUAAUAUUAUACAUAAUGAUAAAGAAAAUAUUCAUAUGGUGGACACAGGAAAAAAUGAAGAAAAUAAUAAUAUUGAUAAUAAAAAUAAUGAUGAUAUAAAUAAGGUAAAUGUUUUGACCCGUGUGGAUACAGAAAAUUAUAUAUUAAAUGAAGAAAACAUUUUACCUUUACACACAAAUGAUGAUGUUACAAAAUUAUUAGAUGAAAUAAACGAUUUAAAAAAUACGAUAGAAAAUAUGAAAAAGGAAAAAAUAAAUUUGCUUUCUAAAUUUAAGGCAUAUACAUUAAAUAAUAAAAAAGAACUGGAAGAAUUAAAAAUAAAAUGUAAGAACAAAGAGGAACAAAUUAAAAUGUACGAGAAUAAGCUACAAAAUAAAGAAGAUGAAAUUAUGAAUUAUGUUAAUGAAAUACAAAAUAAAGACAAGAAAAUUGAAUCAUAUCAUAUUAAGUUACAUAAUAAAGAAGAAGAAAUUAUGAAUUAUGUUAAUGAAAUACAAAAUAAAGAAGAGGAAAUUAUAAAAUAUGUUAAUGAACUACAAAAUAGUGAUGUGCAAAAAGAAAAAAAAGAGUUGAAAACAAUAAAUGAAGUUUUAAAAAAUACAAAUGAAAAGCUAGAAAAGGAAAUUACAUCUCUUCUAGGAGAGAUGAAAAAAAUAGAGGAAGAAAAUAAAGUCUUGAAAAUUUUCAAGGAAGAAAAAAAUAAAAUAAAUAACGAAAAAGUGACUCAAAUUAAGGGUGAUGAUAUUAAUGAUGAUAAUGAUAUGAAAUUUAAACAAAUCCUGCUAGAUAACAAAACUUUUAACAAAUUACUUGUUAAUGAAUUAAAUAUAGUAGAAGAAAAUAUUUUAUUUUGUUUCUCCAUCGAUAAAGAUAAAAAUAGAUUACUUGUGUGCAUAAAACAAAAUGAUGACAAUUUUUUUGUUAUACCAAAUUGUAUAUUUGAUGAAAAGUUCCCAGGGUUACAAAAAAAAACAGAAAGUAUGAUCAUCCAAGAUAUACAUGAAAAAGAAAUACUUGAACUCAAAAAUAAACAAAUGAACGAGUUAUAUAUACUAAAAAAAGAAAAAGAAGAUAUAUAUAAAGAAUAUGAAGAAUAUAAAAAAAAAGUGACAAGUCUAAUUAACGAAACGAACUAUAAUUAUAAAAAUAUAGAAGAAAAAGAAAAUGAAAUAAAAGAAUUAAAUAACACUUUAAAUAAAUAUAAAGAGGAAAUGAAUAAUUAUAAAGAAGAAAUAAUAGUUAUUAAUGAAAAAUAUAAAUUAUUAGAAAUAGAAUUAUGUAAAGAAAAAAAUAUAAGAGAUCAACAAAAUGUUGGUAUAUCAGAUCUAAAAAAAAAAAUGCUUAAAGAAAAAAUAGAAUUAGAAAAAAAAUAUAAAGAACAAUAUGAAAAAGAAACACAACAAAAAAUUAAUGACAUGAAAAUCAUAUUUGAUAAUAAAGAAAAAAUUUUACAAGAUCAAAUAGAUGACUUAUUACAUAAAAUUGAAAAGUUAACAUUCUCAAAUGAUGAAAAAACAAAAACUAUAGAAAACUUACAAAUAUAUAUGGAUAAUGAUGAUAAUAUCAUGAAUCAAGAGGGAAUUCAAAAGAAUGAAAAAAAACAAAUAAUAGACAAUCCUAUAAAUACAGAUGAAAAGGAUUUAUUAAAUUAUAUUCCAGAUAAUCAUAUUAAUAGUGAUCUUAAUCAUAUUAAUAGUAAUGUAGAAAAUGAUUAUGUAGAAAAACGAAAUAAAAAUAAUGUUCACCUUUCAAAGAAGGAAACCAAUUAUCAACAUAACAUAAAUGAACAAGAAAAUGAUAACAACAACAACAACAAUAAUAAUAAUAAUAAUAAUAAUGUAGAAAAAUUGAAAUCAAUUAAUAGUACUAAUACGUCAAUACCUAUAUAUCCAUAUGAAUAUAAAAAAAUUAGAAAAAAAUUAGAAACAUAUGAAAUUCUGUUAAAUGAACAACAAGAAGGAAAAAAAAAAAUGACAGAAGAAAUUAAUUCGUUAAAAAACCAAGUUAAAAAUUAUGAAUCAAUAAAUGGAAAUUAUCAACAUAUUAUUUAUCAAAAAAAUAUACUCUCAAAUUUCAUAGCCCAAAUACCUUCACGUAUACAAGUAGAUGAUUAUGUGUCAGUUAUUUUUAAUUCCUUCAACUUUUCAAAUCAAGAAAUAGAAGCUAUUAAUAUAAAGCGCUCAAAAAAAUGA